AGAAAGUAGGAAUAUUGGGCUAGAAUGAAGUCGGAUAGAUAGAAUAAAAUAAUUAACGACGAAUUUUCUUUGGAAAUUUGGCAAGCACAGCAAGUUAACAAAAAAAUCGGAAUAAAGGGAAGAACCCUAACGAAUACAAAUUCAAGACGAGGGAUUCUAAAUUGUUGCGAGAAGAACGAAGGCAGGGGAAGAAGAUGGUCCUGUACUUCAAAGCACGGCCAGAGGUCGGCGAUUACACCAUUUUCAUGGGAUUCGACAAGUUCGAGAACGAGGAACUCAUCAAAUACGGCUUCCCCGAAGACGUUUGGUUUCAUGUCGACAAAAUGUCUUCAGCCCAUGUUUAUGUAAGGCUGCACAAGGGUCAGACUUUCGAUAAUAUAAGUGAAGGAUUACUUGAGGAUUGUUGCCAGCUUGUCAAAGCAAAUUCCAUUCAAGGCAACAAGGUUAACAACAUUGAUGUUGUUUACACUCCCUGGUCAAACUUGAAGAAGACAGCUACAAUGGAUGUUGGUCAAGUUGGCUUUCACAAUUCAAAGAUGGUUCGUACAGUGAAAGUGGAGAAGCGGAUUAAUGAGGUGAUCAACAGACUGAACAAAACAAAAGUAGAAAGAACGCCCGAUUUGAGAGCCGAGAGGGAAGCUGUAAAUGCAGCAGAAAGGGCUGAGAGGAAGCUUCAACUCAGAGAUAAAAAACGACGGGAGGAGAUGGACAGGAUGGAAAAGGAGAGGCAGGCAGAGGUGAGGAGCUACAAGGGAUUGAUGGUGGCAGAGAAGAUGACAUCCAACAAGCAGAUCGCAUCGGAGAGCAAGUCUCUGCAGGAGAUGGAAGACGAUUUCAUGUGAGCCAAAACGAAGAUGUUGUACCAAAAUAUGGUUUAUGGCCCUUCCAUCGCCCCCCGUCAAGAGAAGUGGAAAGUAUCGUUCUGCCUCUGUAUGCCAGAGAGCCCCAAAGUCUAGCUCUCCUAUCAUUCUCGCUUCUGUGUUACCCAUCUUCUGUUAUUUUCAUUUGAGAACCCAAAGAAAAAGGUUAAAGAGUACUUCUGACUUCUGAGUGAGAAAAGGGAGGGAGACUGACCCUAACAUUUUGAAACUCUGGAGUGGGAGACCAUAAAAUUGUUUCAAAGUUAUUUGCUUGGUUUCUUUGGGACACAGCAGAAGCAUAACUUAGCAUGUCUCUGUAGUAAAUGGAAAUCUGGUCUAUAUUCUCCUUUUGGCUAAAUGCUCAAUGUGUUGCAAACCGAGAACGAACCCGAUUCGGUUCUCCUGGAUCAACCAAAAACCGAGAAUAGAC